AUGGCCAACAUCCCUGUGGCAGUUGCUCUGGAAGAAACAGAGAGUGCACUUAUCAAGCCAGUCGCCGGGGUGGUCCUCGCAGAGGAGCCCGAACCAUUCCUUGAUAACAUGAUCGGUCUGGUAUCGCCAUUCGCUGGGAUCCACAAUCUCGAUCUCUCCCCGGAUUCUCUGUCAAUUGUGGAUGGAUCCCACCAGAUCUGGGGUCAACUCACCCCGCAUGAUGAUAGCUCAUUUGACUCGGUUCCUGUGCACGAUGUGGGGUCAUCGGCAACACGUGCCUAUCAAUCCGAAGCGGAAAUUGCCAAUGCCUACUAUAUUUAUAUCCACCCAUAUUUACCUUUGUUGCCGCCUCCAGUGGCACCACCGCACGAAGAUCGCCCUACUGUGAUCAGACCAUUUGGAGAAAGUUCUCAAGCAGAAAAGUCCCAUAUGCCUUAUUGGCCGACAUCUUCUCUGAGUCUUGCUUUGUCCGCAAUGCUAGUCCUCAUACCUACCGCCGAAGACACCUUUCCAAUGGCCGAACCGAGCCUUACGCUUAGGCGGUCUUACGCACAGCUAUUUGCCCAGGCGGCGCUGGCUGCUGUGGAAACUGAGACCGACGAUUUGUCGCCUGCUUUGAGCACUAAUUUGUCUCAGACAGAAUCCUCUCGAGCACAAAAUGGCUUGCAUCCGCAGGUUCAAACCCAGCUUCACCCGGUUCUGGCUCUUGUGGUCCUUAGCCUUUAUGAGUAUUGCCAGCGUGGUAAUAUAUCCAGAAUGCGGGCUCGAGGUAACCAGGCUAUCACAACUGCUAUGGAUAUUUCCAUUCAUAGACUUGCCUCGACGACGACAGAGUAUUCUGAGGCACAGAGGCGAGCUUGGUGGAUGACAAUUUGGGUCACAUAUCUAUCAUCGAACCUCCAUCUUUCUCCACCAAUUGUUUCUUUGAAUGAUCCACGAAUAACUACUCCUUAUCCCAAAUUUGAUGUAUAUCUAGAGCCAUGGCCCAUAAUGAUGAAAGCACAAGAAGCUCUUUUUGAGUGUAACAAGAUAGUCCAGAACAUCGAACGUGUGGAUGAGACAGCCGUUCUCUCCGAUUUUGGCACCCGAAUACGCAAGGUGGAUUCGAAUCUUGUAUCUUUGAUAGGCGAAGCAGACCGCCAUAUUUUAACGACUUUCGAUGAAGACUCAGAGGCAUCCGUCGCUCAAACUAUGUGGAUGAUAAGCCGCAUGUUCAUCUAUGCUGCUCGCACUCGGCUACACCGCUUCCGAGCAUUCAUGGACAUCCCACUGUUUCUCGACAAAUACUGCGACCUUGCAGCAAUCAACAGCGAGAAUUUCCCGCACCAAACGCCUGCCCCCCAGUGGGUGACAGACUGCGAGAUCUCAUUCCCGUUCACCGAGCAAGAAUCCUCGAUUAUCUGCCUCAAGUCUUCGCUCGUGGUAACGACAAUAUAUCGCAAUUUACCGUAUCCGAAUCCACUUGGGUCAGCCCCUUCUUCUAGGUCCACAAUAUAUCCUAGAACCAUUCCUUACUUUUCUUGCUCGGCUAUGCAAAGCUGCUACGCUCUUCUCAUGCUACUGCAUCGACUGCGUGCCUCUCUAGUGACAGAUCGGCUUGCAGACUGUUACCACCUGCUUAAUAACCCUACUCCUGCGUCGGAGAUUUCGGAUGCUGAGAGAUUGAAGGAGGAGCUGCGACAUGGGGUGGAAAUCCUUGGCAGAUCUCUGAAGUCGGAUGUGAUUUUUGAGGGUGUCGGGGGUAUGGGGCGGGAAAUUGAGGGCGCUUACUUGGCUGCUUUUCCUAAUUCCUUUGAGAUCUAG